AUGCCGCGACCCAAUCGAAGUUUCGUGUUCGCUCAGUGUAUUUCCGGCGGGAUCGGCGAGAAGUGGAACGGACAGGGCGACUAUGGUACAGUGGUCGUGAGGGAUGACUCUGCGCAAAGAAGCCGGUGGAAGAUGCACUGCGUCUCUAUCCUGGUGUCUUACAGCGCCAUUGGCAUGAGAUAUGAUGACGCCAACGCGGAUAGCGCCGUCUUGCACGAUCUACCGAGCAACCCGUCCAUAGAACCGCUCCCCGGGUGGGCGUGA